AUGUUGUCGGCGGGUGUCGUAUCAAGACAACCUAAGACAUCUAGGAUUGCCCGCAAACACUCUUCAUCUGAGCCUCUGGAUAAUUCUGAUUCGUCAUUGUCUGUUGUGCCUUCAGCAACUACAUCAACAGUGUCCUCACGCAGUCAUAGCCUGGAAAGCGUACCCAGCAUGAUGGAAAUCACAUCAAAGAAAACGUCAUCAGAUAUGGCUACAAGCAAAGAAAGUACACUCAGCAUGAUGGAUACCACAUCGAAGAAAACGUCAUCGGGUCUGGCUGCAAGUAAAGACUUCCUUGCUCAGCCUAAAAGUUACUCUAGUUCAACAAGCAGUAGAAUAAUUCCGUCUCGUCACGAUAGCUUCUUUUCAGCCAUAUCUUGGUCUGGCCAAAGUUUUUAUUCUGCGAUUAGUUAUGACUCACGUGAAGGUGUACCCGGUCCUAAAGAUGUUUUGGUAAAAUCGCAUGGGCUAAAAAUGAAAGUGUCUAGUGAUCGAAGGUCAAAGGGGCAAUUUAUGAUUCCGUCUCAAUUCAGGAAUGCGCAAGUAAACGAGUCUGAGCCCAGUGAUGACGGCAGUGCACAUUCUCCUGACAAGCCUCCUUUAGAAGUGACGUCUUCGUUUGUUCAGCAAGAGCCUGUUAGACACAUGUCCCGGCCGGAACCUGGGCUAUACGUGCAGGAUGAAAAGAAAUCAUUAGAAACCCUAUUCAAUGAUGAAAUGUCAAGCGGUAAUGGUGUCUCAGGUUCAUCAUCUGCAAGUUCGUCGUCAGUCGAUGAUCCACAACUUCGUAAAGCUGUCUCUGGGAUGACAAACAAAGCUGUAAAACCAGAUCAUAACAACAUUUCUCCGCAUUCCUCACAGACAAACCAGGAAAAACGGGACAAAGAUGACAAUGACACACUUACGGUGUCUGACGAUAAAGAUUUUUCUUCCUCAUCUUCAUUUGUGAGGAGAUUUACAAACAAUACAAACAAUUCAGCAGCUUCCGAGGCUGCAAAGAAAGGGUCAAAACCAAGGUCAAAACCAAACCCACCUGCAAUUACUUCAAAAACGCAAAAAUCAGAAAAGUCCAGCCCUUCAUCUGGUAAACAUUCAGAAGGACAACCGUCACAUAAAACAUCGGUACCACCACCACCACCACCACCUCCACCAUCACCAUCACCAACAUCAGAGCGUUCCAAAUCUGGGCAACGUUCCCAGGAGAAAUCUGCCAGCUUAACCCCAGCUGGACGGGUACGCGCAUCAGACGUUUCUCCGGCUCCUCCAAAACCACCAGGGACUAAGACGAGCAAAAGCCUAAAGCUUAAUGAGGAAAGCCCCAAGCGUGAAGAUAAAAGCGUCAAGGAUGAAGAGCAAAGUGACAGGCGUAUAUUGCAAUGCGACAAUCCUAUAGAGGAGAGCGCCAAUCAUGAAGCAGAAAAGUCCAGCCCUUCAUCUGGUAAACAUUCAAAAGGACAACCGUCACAUAAAACAUCGGUACCACCACCACCAAUAUCACCAUCACCAACGCCAGAGCGUCCCAAAUCUGGGCAACGUUCCCAGGAGGAAUCUGCUAGCUUAACCCCAGCUGGACGGGUACGCGCAUCAGACGUUUCUCCGGCUCCUCCAAAACCACCAGGGACUAAGACGAGCAAAGGCGUAAAGUUUAAUGAGGAAAGCCCCAAGCGUGAAGAGAAAAGCAUCAAGGAUGAAGAGCAAAGCGACAAACGUAAAGAGCAGAGCACCAAGCAUGAAAAGGAAAGCGACAGGCGUAAAUUGCAAAGCGACAAGCCUAUAGAGGAGAGCGCCAAUCAUAAAGCAGAAAAGUCCAGCCCUUCAUCUGGUAAACAUUCAGAAGGACAACCGUCACAUAAAACAUCGGUACCACCACCAAUACCACCACCAAUAUUGCCAUCACCAACAUCAGAGCGUCCCAAAUCUGGGCAACGUUCCCAGGAGGAAUCUGCUAGCUUAACCCCAGCUGGACGGGUGCUUGCAUCAGACGUUUCUCCGGCUCCUCCAAAACCGCCAGGGACUAAGACGAGCAAAAGCGUAAAGCUUAAUGAGGAAAGCCCCAAGCGUGGAGAGAAAAGCGUCAAGGAUGAAGAGCUAAGCGACAAACGUAAAGAGCAGAGCGCCAAGCAUAAAGGGCAAAGCGACAGGCGUAUAUUGCAAAGCGACAAUCCUAUAGAGCAGAGCGCCAUUCAUGAAGCAGAAAAGUCUAGCCCUUCAUCUGGUAAACAUUCAGAAGGACAACCGUCACAUAAAACAUCGGUACCACUACCACCACCAACUAUGUCACCGUCACCAAUAUCAGAGCGUUCCAAAUCUGGGCAACGUUCCCAGGAGGAAUCUGCUAGCUUAACUCCAGCUGGACAGGUACGCGUAUCAGACGUUUCUCCGAUUCCUCCAAAACCGCCAGGGAGUAAGACGAGCAAAGGCGUAAAGUUUAAUGAGGAAAGCCCCAAGCGUGAAGAGAAAAGCAUCAAGGAUAAAGAGGAAAGCGACAAACGUAAAGAGCAGAGCGCCAAGCAUGAAAAGCAAAGCGACAGGCGUCAAUUGCAAAGCGACAAGCCUAUAGAGCAGAGCGCCAAUCAUGAAGCAGAAAAGUCCAGCCCUUCAUCUGGUAAACAUUCAGAAGGACAACCGUCACAUAAAACAUCGGUACCACCACCAAUACCACCACCAAUAUUGCCAUCACCAACAUCAGAGCGUCCCAAAUCUGGGCAACGUUCCCAGGAGGAAUCUGCUAGCUUAACCCCAGCUGGACGGGUGCUUGCACCAGACGUUUCUCCGGCUCCUCCAAAACCGCCAGGGACUAAGACGAGCAAAAGCGUAAAGCUUAAUGAGGAAAGCCCCAAGCGUGGAGAGAAAAGCGUCAAGGAUGAAGAGCUAAGCGACAAACGUAAAGAGCAGAGCGCCAAGCAUAAAGGGCAAAGCGACAGGCGUAUAUUGCAAAGCGACAAUCCUAUAGAGCAGAGCGCCAUUCAUGAAGCAGAAAAGUCCAGCCCUUCAUCUGGUAAACAUUCAGAAGGACAACCGUCACAUAAAACAUCGGUACCACUACCACCACCAACUAUGUCACCGUCACCAAUAUCAGAGCGUUCCAAAUCUGGGCAACGUUCCCAGGAGGAAUCUGCUAGCUUAACUCCAGCUGGACAGGUACGCGUAUCAGACGUUUCUCCGAUUCCUCCAAAACCGCCAGGGAGUAAGACGAGCAAAGGCGUAAAGUUUAAUGAGGAAAGCCCCAAGCGUGAAGAGAAAAGCAUCAAGGAUAAAGAGGAAAGCGACAAACGUAAAGAGCAGAGCGCCAAGCAUGAAAAGCAAAGCGACAGGCGUCAAUUGCAAAGCGACAAGCCUAUAGAGCAGAGCGCCAAUCAUGAAGCAGAAAAGUCCAGCCCUUCAUCUGGUAAACAUUCAGAAGGACAACCGUCACAUAAAACAUCGGUACCACCACCAACACCACCACCAAUAUCGCCAUCACCAACAUCAGAGCGUCCCAAAUCUGGGCAACGUUCCCAAGAGGAAUCUGCUAGCUUAACCCCAGCUGGACGGGUGCGUGCAUCAGACGUUACUCCGGCUCCUCCAAAACCGCCAGGGACUAAGACGAGCAAAAGCUUAAGCUUAAUGAGGAAAGCCCCAAGCGUGAAGAUAAAAGCGUCAAGGAAGAAGAGCAAAGUGACAGGCGUAAAUUGCAAUGCGACAAUCCUAUAG